AUGGCACGGAAUGUAUGGCAUAUGUUGAUGUGGCUUGGAAUCUUGUGGCCCGCGGUAUGCCAAGAAGUGGACACAGAGGACGUAACGGAAGACCGAUGGAUAUUUAGACAGAAGCAAGAUAAGAUAGAUCGCUGUUCAGGAAUCCGGCCGACUGCCAAGGACAUAGUUAGAAGAAUUUAUGCCAUCCUGCCGUAUUUCGACAAGGAUCACAUGAAUUCCGCCUUCCUACACAAGUACCGGGGCACGAUAUACGGCAUGUCUGAUAGUGACGACAUGCUGGACCGGGAGGCAGGCUUCUAUGCGGCGGUGCUCACUCCUCUGGUCUUCUUACAGCAGUACAGAGAUACUUGGUGUCUACUAGAGCGCUUUCAUAGAGCGAUACGAUUGUAUCAAAUAUCGCAUCCUACUGAAAAGAGAUCUGCCUUGAAACUGCUGCAAAACUUGAGAUCUGUCAAUCAAAAGGUUCGAAGUUUCAUUUUUGACUUGCCGGGACCCAUUUCAGUGGUCCGCACUACAUCACUACCGGACGUCGAUGAUGAUGAUACAUUGAGCGACAAAAAGGACAUCAAGUACCUCAAGGAAUUAAUUAAAAAUCUCGGUUAA